CGGGGAUGGAGGAGGAGGAGGAAGGUGCUCUCGGUGCUUGCUCUCGCCCUUUCCCGCUCCCCUCCUCAGUGCUCCCCCUGCUUCGCCUCCGCCAGCAGCAGCACCUAGGGACGCCUUCGAGUCGGCUGCAUCCUCCUUUCCCGAGGUUUCUUGCCUGGGGGAGCGAAACGGAGGCAGGGCGGCUUUCCUCUCUGGGCUUCCCUCGCAGCGAGCAACCAGUGCGCGGAGAUGGGCUGCGGGAACUCCACUGCCAGCAGCUCCGGCAGCCGAGGUACUACAGGGACAGCAAAAGAUAUAACAGAAGAAUCAGUGUCAGAAGAUGACAAGAGGAGGAACUAUGGGGGUGUAUAUGUUGGUCUACCAGCUGAUGCUGCUACUGAGACUUCCAGUCAGACCAAGACUGCACCCAAAGAACUGAGACUGCAUUAUCGUAAGAGUGCUCCUUACUUCAUAACAAGACAAAGACAUGACAAAUGCAAUCUAUAUAUUAGAAAACUGUGAACAUACAGGAUGAUUCAAGCAGUAGAGUUAUCUGCAUGGAUUGCUCAUCACAACUGAAUGGAGCGCCGUCUUUCUGCUGAAGAUUUGCAUAGCCGGCCAAACAACCAGGAGGUUCAGGCCACUAAAAAGCUUCAUGGCUGGAAGUUACAACUGCAGGUCAAACUGAGUGCUCGGAAUGGAGCUGAGGAAGAGAAUGUGUUGGCAUUAUGGAACGUUUUGAUGUCACCUACUGCAUCAUUAAUUAAUAGGUGUAGGUGGGUGUUUCUGCAGAAGAGCUAAUGCUGCUGACUGCCGACAUUUUGACCAGAUAACAAGUUUCAUGGGCAACGAUAGGCUUAUUUUCCUUCAACUACUUUGGAUACGUUUAUACAAGGAGACCCAUUACAACUGUUCACUCAAGUAUUCCUAGAAUGGGGAAUAGUGUAAAUUAAGUAUUGAUUUACUUCAGAGUAAUAUAUUCAAGUAAUAUAUUUGAGCUAUUGUUGUAGGAAUUUGGACUUGGGUGCAGAUGUGCAUUGUCAGAUCCUUUUAACAACUAAUUUUGUACUGUGAAUCUGCUCCUAAAGUUAACUUGUCACUUUUUAAAUACUGUAUUUCUGCACCAGAACCUGCAGGUUCUACAGUUUUUUACAAAAAAAAGUUUACAAACAGAAAAGGAGAGAGCGAGUAUAUAAAAUUGUUCAAUAAAAUUUAUUUCAACGGAAUUUCUUUCUUUCUUUCUUUCUUUCUUUCUUUCUUUCUUUCUUUCUUUCUUUCUUUCUUUCUUUCUUUCUUCUCUCUCCCCCCCUCCCCCUUCCUUCCUUCCUUCCUUGGCAUUAUUCCAUUGGGCGUAAGUAAGAGAAAUAGGCACUGCUUAAGCAAAUGAUAAUGUGUCUUCCAUUUCACAUAAGAUCAUAGUAGUGUUUUUUGACAAAAAGCAACGAUUGGGGUGCAGGAUGAUAGAAGCAAGCCUGCAAGUAGGUGGGGGCAUUUGCCACUCAUUUCUGUGGGAAUUGCACUGGAACUCCAUGCAAGCCCCAUUGAAAUAAAUGGCAUCGGUUCAGGUACUGUGCUUGACUGACUACAUUCAGCAGUUUACAUACUGUGUGUGUGUAGCCAUCCACCGAUGGAAGCGGGUGGCAUAUGUUCUGCCUCUGUCCGUCCUGAAACUGCAUUGGCUCACCUAACAAUGGUGUGGAUGCCUCCAUUCAAACAGCAUGCUGCAACAGAGCAGCUCUGCCCAACUCCCAGCAUUCCUAAUAGGAGUCGGGCAGCACACUUCUUGGAGGGCGCCUCCUAUGCCAUCACCACACUAACACAGAUUCAGGACGGAUGGGGACUGCACACACACCACUUGCUUCCAAGGGUGGGGGACUGCACAGUAUAUAAGCCACUGUGGCUAGAGAAGAACCAAUCAAAAUUCCAGUACUGCACAACUCAUAAACCUGGAGAUGUCUUGAUCAGCAACAUUUUAUAUCUCCGUCUUGUAAUUCACGUCAACAUCCAUUGUGUGUGUAUAAAUAAGAUAUUAACUAAUAUGUCUCUCUUUUUGACUAUGUUUUAAAGAACAAUUGCAUUUCUAAUUUCAUUAAAUUUAUACUGGCUUUCACUGUAGCACCACUAGUAUUUCUACAUGCAUGAAAAUGUAUUUAUUAAAGCAUUCCCCAUAA